UAAUUUAACACGUGCGUCAAUAAAACUUUGUAUACAUUCUGUCAUCUGUUUUUGCGAUCAUGGAUCAAUAAAAAAAAAAAAUAAUGCGUGUAUACUAAAACAGCAAAUUACUUUGCAAAAUGCACGUUAAUUGUAAACAUAUGUACCGUAACGUGGUUGACAAGAAAGAAGUCAAUGUCGGUAUCUAUUAUGGAUGGGGUCGGUAUAAAAGAUAAGAUAGACGCCUACAGACGUCAAAAACGGAAUGAAAAAAUGACGGAAUCUAUUAAAAAUGCUAUACAUAAUGUCUUACCGUGGAAUAGAAAUAAAACAGCUACGGAAACUCCACUGUUACCGCCCACAAACGACUCAGAGGAUGUCCAGGAUAUGGAAAGCACCUGUUCAGAUGACAGUACAGACCAGUCACAAUGUUCAGUGUUAACAACAGUAACAUAUCUACUUUACUUCCUUCUGUGGGCCACUUUAUACAUAAUUGCAAUUGAAUUUGAAUUUGGAGCAGUAUAUUUUGUUUUAUCGACAUUGGUAUUUAUUUGGUUGAAUACUGGUUCUAAGCCAAAGAAACCAGGUGAACUUAGUGCAUAUUCUGUGUUUAAUCCAGACUGUAAAGCUAUUGAGGGAACACUUGAUGCUUCACAAUUUGAAAGGGAAAUACGAUAUGGUAUAGGGAGCAUGCAUUAAUGUAAAGCUCUUAAAUUCAUCUUAUUUAUCACAGGUAGAAGUAAUACAUGUUUUGUACUUAUUUUUAUGUACAUAAACAUGCUGUGCAUUUUAUAAUAAUAUCUGAAUGAAACAUAGGAACUCCUGAACAUAAAUUUGGACUUAAUAUGUGGUAAAAGUGUUAAAAAGAGUGCAAUAAAUUUCAGUGGUAACUAAUUAGUGUUACCACAGUCAUUAAAAAAUA